AUGCAGCAGAUCUACAGACAGACGGACGAGCAGUUUGAGGUCUACACCACCGUCUUCUCCCCACAAGGUCUGUUACACACACACACACACACACACACACUCACACACACACCCAUAACAGCCUGUGCUCAUGCUCAGUGUGUGUCUCAGUCUGCAGGUCCAGGACCAGAACCAGACAUGUGGAGGCAGAGAAGGUAAGGAGAACUUCAGUCAGACCCACUGAGAACUGAGCCUGGACACACACACACACACACACACACACACACACACACACACACACACACACACACAGAUCAGCAAAGAAACAUUACAGUUCAGAGUGCAGUACAAAUACAUGUCCUGACACUAUACUGCAGUACUCUCAUGAGGCCACCGUGGGGCAGCGGUGGGUAAAGCGGUCGUCCAAUAACUGGAGGGUCGGCGGUUCAGUUCCCCCCUGAGUCUGUCUGUCGUGUCCUUGUGUUGGACACUAAAACCACCUUGUUCCCAGUGUGUGUGUGUGUGUGUGUGUGUGUGUGUGUCCUCACUGGUGUGUGAUUGUGAGUGUGUGUGUGUGUGUGUGUCCUCACUGGUGUGUGAUUGUGAGUGUGUGUGGUGGUGGUCGGAGAGGCCGUAGGUGCAAACUGGCCGCCAUGUUUCCAUCAGUCUGCCCCAGGACAGCUGUGACAAUGAAGAUAGUUCACCACCACCAAGGUGUGACUGUGUGAAUGAAUGAGUGAAUGAAUGAGUGAAUGAAUGAUGGAUUCAAUGUAAAGCGCUUCUAAGGGUCUCUGAUAAAAGGCUAUAUGAAAUCUGAUGCAUUAUUAUUAUUAGUAGUAGUUGUAGUAUGCAGACAGAGGAGUUACUACGACUGUUUCUCAGAGGAGUUACUGCAGUACUUGUUCAGUAGUCGGAUGUAUUUUCAUUGUCGUGUUUUUCUCCUGCAGAGUUGUGAAUCUUUGUAGUUUUUGUUUUUAAAGGUUUGUCUUGUUGCAGUUUUCCUGUGGUACUUUGUGUUUCUUCUUUUCUUUGCAGUGAUUUUUUAAACUCUGAAGUUUUAUUUUGUCUCUUUGUCGUUUUUUUUGUCUCUUUGUAGUUUUUUAUCUCUUUGUAGUUUUUUAUCUCUCUGUGGUUUUUUAUCUCUCUGUAGUUUUUGUUUGUCUUUGUAGUUUUUUUGUCUUUGUAGUUUUUUUGUCUCUUUGUAGUUUUUUUGUCUCUUUGUAGUUUUUUGUCUCUUUGUAGUUUUUUGUCUGUAGUUUUUUUGUCUCUGUAGUUUUUUGUCUCUUUGUAGUUUUUUUUGUCUCUUUGUAGUUUGUUGUGGUCUUCAGAGUUAUUUUUUUUGUCCUUUGACUCUAAGUGUUUGUUUAAGUUCUGUGUCAGGAUUUAUUUUUUGGUUGUUUGUGUAUUUUUUAUGUAGUUGUGUGUAUUUUUCAGUAGUUACUUCAGUCUUUGUAAUCAAUUCUGCAGUAAAAUAUUUGUGUGUCCCUCCAUAGUUUGUGUCUUUGCAGCAGUUGUGUUCCUUUUGUAGUAAUUUUCCUGUUCUUUGUAGUUUUUUGUCUCUUUUGUAGUAUUUUUCUCUUUUUUGUAUUUUUUUGUCUCUGUAGUAUUUUGUCUUCCUUUGUUGUCCCUUUGUCGUUUUUCUGCAUCCCUCUCGUCUUUUAUUGAGUUGUUUUCUGUCUCUGUUUUUGGUUGUUUGUAUUCUUCUCUUUACAAACUUGUUUUGUGUUUGUGUAGAAACUCUAAUGUGUCAUUUUGUCCAUUUUCUGGUUGUUGUGUGUCUGUUGUUGUUGUUUUUGUUUUGACCUACCAUGUCUCGUAACCGGAGGUCACCAGGUUGUACAUAAAAUGGUGAAAACACCCGACAGCUCUGACACUUCCCGACAUACGACAGUUUUGUUUUUUUACCCGUCUUCCUCCUCCUCCAGCACAUUAAUGCCGGUGACCUUCAGGGUCAAAGGGCGGCGUGUGAACUCUGGAGCACGCUCAGAUCUCUGAGAACGGUUUUACGAUCCCUGACAGCAGGAUCUCAGUACGACAGAGAAGAAACUCAGACUUAGACUCACGUGGAGACGUGUGUUUUUAAAAGUUCAGUUUCAGUCGGACCGACACUGAACAUCGACUUUAACCACAUGUACAGAUACUGACCUCUGACCCCUGAGAGCAGACUGAAGUUUGAGCGGGGCUCUGAUCACUUUACUGUCAAUCAACAUCUGGUUUAAGUCCACACACACACACACACACACACACACUCACACACACACUCACACAUACACACACACACACACACACAGUUAGCUCCCUCUCACCGUCCUCGUACUCAUGAUAAAAGGAUCAAAAUAAAACAAAAGAAACAGAAGAAGACAUGUGUGUGUGUGUGUGCGUCCAUGUGUGCAUGUGUGUGUGUGUGCGUGCGUCCGUGUAUGUGUGUGUGUGUGUGUUAAUGCCUGUUACAUCAGUGUGACCCCUGAUCCUUGUGUAUUUACAGCCUGCUGAGCUGAACAGCAUCUAUUUACAGCAGAUUAAAGUGGCACACACACACACACACACACACACACACACACACACACACACACACACACUCUAAUUAAACAGUUAGCGUUAGCUUCCUGUGGUUGGGUUUAAUAACAGCGUGGUUCUGAUCCGUUUGACGUUUUUCACUGAAAAUGACCAAAAUCAAUCAGAACCAAUCAGCAGCUGUGUCCUGUGAUUGGCAGGUGGUGGUGGCGGUGCUGCAGUACCGGUCCCGCUGGCCAAAGGAGCUGGACCUGAACCAGGGAGACAAGAUUCAGGUCCUGUUUAAGGAGGACGAGACCUGGUGGUUCGGACGGCUCAAAAACGGAGACGAGGGAUAUUUUCCUGCGGCCUGUGUGGAACCGCUGCAGGUGAGAAGAUGUCAGAGGACCAACCAGAGAGGUCCGAAGUUCUGAUAGAGGACCAACCAGAGAGGUCCGAAGUUCUUAGAGGAACAACCAGAGAGGUCCAAAGUUCUUAGAGGACCAACCAGAGAGGUCCAAAGUUCUGUUAGAGGACCAACCAGAGAGGUCAGAAGUUCUUAGAGGAACAACCAGAGAGGUCAGAAGUUCUUAGAGGACCAACCAGAGAGGUCCGAAGUUCUUAGAGGACCAACCAGAGAGGUCCAAAGUUCUGAUAGAGGACCAACCAGAGAGGUCCGAAGUUCUUAGAGGACCAACCAGAGAGGUCCGAAGUUCUUAGAGGACCAAUCAGAGAGGUCAGAAGUUCUGAUAGAGGAACAACCAGAGAGGUCAGAAGUUCUGAUAGAGAAACAACCAGAGAGGUCAGAAGUUCUUAGAGGACCAACCAGAGAGGUCCGAAGUUCUUAGAGGACCAACCAGAGAGGUCCAAAGUUCUGAUAGAGGACCAACCAGAGAGGUCCGAAGUUCUUAGAGGACCAACCAGAGAGGUCCAAAGUUCUGAUAGAGGACCAACCAGAGAGGUCCAAAGUUCUUAUAGAGGACCAACCAGAGAGGUCCAAAGUUCUUACGCUACACAAACAUCUGGAGGAACAUCUCCAACCAAUGAGGUGAAUGUCUAACAGGUUCGUCACAUGACCAGGUCUAUAAAGGUCAUUCAGUGUGGCAGAGUCAGUCCAAAUCCAGCAUCUCUGAUGGAUCAUCAGAGUCCAGGUCUUCUGUGAAGGUUCCAUUAAUGCUGAACAAGAUCUCCUGGUUUAGGAGCAACAGGACUCUGGACCUAAUAUCACCUGAGGUCUGAUGGAUCAAAAUCGAACCUUCUCCUGGAAAGGACAGCUGGACGAAACGUCUGAACUAAGUCCAGAAAAAUAACUGACAUUAACACCGAUUUUUAUUUAAAUAUUAAAACUAUUAUAGAUCAAAUAUAUUGACCCCGUAAUUUUAUCCAAACUUGACCUUCUAUAGUCGGUGGACUCAAACGUCUGUGGGCCUCCAGGGUUCAAGAAAUCAUGUGACUGAGGAGUGGACUCUCAUUAAAUCUGGUUGUUUUAGUCAAGAUGAUACUACAAGAUAUUUUCACCGACUGUCUUGAAGUUCUUGUUGAAGGUCGACCUUCAGUUUUUACAUUUCAGAUUUAUUCACGUUAAUUCUCACAGAAAGUUUCCGACUUUGAAAAUUCACAGAAUUUUGUGACCCUGAAAAAAUAUUGAUGAGCGAACAGAUGAACGACUAUAAAGGGUUAAACUGUCCGUAAACCAUGAAGCCUCAGUGAGGGUCAGCUAUAACUCUCUCUAAACUCUCUUAAACUCAGAGUGACGGGUUUGACCUGCUGCAGGCUGAUGUUUGGACAUGAGCUCAGUGGAGGAUUCAGGUCUGGGUUGGUCCAGGAUCAGGAUUUCUUUGGAUGUUCCAUGUUGUCAAAUUUGUCCUUGAUAAACUCAGCCUCUGAUUGGCCGACAGCCAGCUGUGAUCUAAUGAGAUAAUUAUACUGCAGGGCGGAGCUUCAUCCAGAGCCACGCCCACACUAACGAGGAGGGUGUCAGUUCCGGCUGUUGUAUCGCCAUCAGUCGCCCCCUGUGGCUGCACCAGGUAACUACACAGAAGUCACAUGACCGGCCUGCAGGUCAGAGGUCACUCCGGUCUUUUUAAAACCACAAACUUUAUUGAAACAUUCAAAACAAACAACUUCAAACCUUUAAAUCCUGUAAAAUCUUACAAACAGUUUAUUUUCAUUAUUUCUUUAUCAGUAUUUUUAUUAUUUCGAUUAUCAGGAUUUCUUCUGUAACAGAUUCUGGAGGAUUUCUGCUUAAAAAAAAAAACACUUUUAUUUUGAAAGUUUAAAAUGGUCUGACUCUGAUGGUCUACAUCUCUUCUGAGGUUCACCUGUUCAUGUCCCUCAGAACGGACUUGGACACGCUCAGGUUUGGACAGGUCUCACUGAGUCACCUGACCAGACCACCUGUACCUUCUCUUAGCGGAGUCCUGAUGGUGGACUUUGUUUUCCCCGCAGUGGUCGCAGUACUCCAAAGCUGCUGAGGAAAAACAGCGUCUGGCAGCCCCUGGGACUCGACGGGCCCUCGGGUUCAGCGGCCCCCUCCCACAACUCUCCCAGCCUCCUCCACCGAGUCCUCACCAAGUCCAGAAGGAAGAGCUGCCCCCACCUCCCUCAGUCCACCCAUCCAAACACAGGAUCUGUUAACACCGCCUUCCAGCCGGACUAG